UCAUUUAUACCCAGCCCAUCCAAACCCAGAAAAAAAAUAUAUACACAUUCGAAAAAGAAACGCCUUUUUUAUAUAUUUAAAUUUCCAUUUACAAUUUUAAAUAUUUUUUGACGCCAAUCAAAGACAACAAUCGGACGAACGAAGAAGAAAACCCAGAAGAAAAGAAAAGAAAGCAAAAAGGAAAAAAAUUCACAUAACAGAGGAAUGGGAGCUUACAGAGCAGAUGAUGACUAUGAUUACUUGUUUAAGGUUGUCCUGAUUGGCGACUCCGGUGUCGGAAAAUCCAACCUUUUGUCUCGAUUUACAAAGAACGAGUUUAGCCUUGAAUCUAAGUCCACCAUUGGGGUUGAGUUUGCAACCCGUAGCAUUCGUGUUGAUGAUAAGGUCGUUAAAGCUCAGAUUUGGGACACUGCUGGCCAAGAAAGAUAUCGUGCGAUAACAAGUGCGUACUACCGUGGUGCUGUUGGUGCUUUACUAGUCUAUGAUGUCACUCGUCAUGUUACAUUUGAAAACGUAGAGAGGUGGCUGAAAGAACUUAGAGGUCACACCGAUGCCAACAUCGUGAUUAUGUUAGUUGGAAACAAGGCAGACCUGCGUCACUUGCGAGCAGUCUCCAUCGAUGAUGCUAAAGCUUUUGCCGAACGAGAGAACACCUUUUUCAUGGAAACAUCCGCGCUAGAGUCUUUGAACGUCGAGAGCGCAUUCACCGAAGUGCUGGCUCAGAUUUAUCGUGUUGUAAGCAAGAAAGCUCUCGAUGUAGGAGAUGAUCCCUCGGCUUUGCCUAAAGGCCAGACGAUCAAUGUAGGAUCGAAAGACGAUGUAUCAGCUGUGAAGGGAGCUGGAUGUUGCUCGGCUUAAGGAUGGUGAAAAAAGUCAAAAGAGAUAUUUAAUUGAUAUCUGCAUAGAAGUUUUUGCCUCGCAUCACAAAAUCGUGAACAUCAACAAAGUAUCAACCAAGUUUUUGACAUUGUGCUCUGGAACAUGCUAAGCACAAUCUGUCCAUGUUUAGCUUGAAUUCUAGGACUUUAAGGUUACUGGUUUUUAUGUUAUUUUUUUUCUUUGUUAAUUUUCAGACAGAUUGCUUUUGGUUCCUUCCUUUGUUCAUUGCCUUUUUAAGUGCAAAAUCAUCAUAAUUUUACACAAAA